CCCACUUCCCUCACUUCACUGUCAUCGCUCCAUUUUCCUUCCCCCAACUGAAAACUAUGGCUCCGGUGGAUUUGCAGUUACCUCCGGGAUUCCGUUUCCACCCAACCGAUGAAGAGCUCGUCACGCAUUACCUCUGCCGUAAAUGCGCUUCCCUAUCAAUCGCCGUCCCGAUUGUUGCAGAGAUUGAUCUCUAUAAGUACGAUCCAUGGGACUUGCCGGGCUUGGCUUUGUACGGCGAGAAAGAAUGGUACUUCUUUUCGCCUCGGGACCGGAAGUACCCGAACGGGUCGAGGCCGAGCGGCGGGGCGGGGAAGGGGGAUUGGAAAGCAACGGGAGCAGAUAAGCCCAUCGGCCACCCGAAGCCUGCCGGUAUAAAGAAGGCAUUGGUGUUCUACCACGGGAAAGCUCCGAAAGGCGAGAAGACUGAUUGGAUUAUGCAUGAAUACCGCCUCGCUGACGUGGACCGUUCUGCUAACAAGAAGAAGAAGAGCCUUAGGCUGGAUGAUUGGGUGCUAUGCCGUAUAUACAAUAAGAAGGGCACAGUGGAGAGGCGGCCGGACGUCAUUAGCAGAAAGAUGACCGCUUCGGCAACGUCGGACGAGGGCACUAAGCCCGUCGGCCUGUUAAAGUCAGUGCCGGAACUGUCCCCCGUGGUGUACGAAGACUUCAUGUACCUGGAAGCGUCGGAUUCCGCCCCGAGGCUACCCACGGACUCGACCUGCUCGGAGCACGUGCUCUCGCCGGAAGUGGAGAGCGCCGCCAAGAAGAUAGUGGAGUGGGAGGGAGCCGCCGCCUUUGAUUUCCCGUUUCGUUACAUUUAUGGCAGUAGCGGCGCCGGAGCGCUGAUGGCCUCGCAAUUCCAGGAAAGUUACCAGAUGGAGCCUAUGGCGGAGUUGUUCGCCGACGUGGCUAAGGGUGUUUGAAGUGGGGCCCGAAUGCAUGGCGGUUUGUCACACGUGGCACAGGAGACUAGGGUCUAUGAGCGUGCACGUGCGACUGUUGAGUGCAGCUUAAUAACUUCCUGAGCUGAUUCAUAUAUAGUGUGUACUAAUAAAGGUAGUGAUUAUUUACAAAUAUGACAAUAUCAACUUGUUCUGUUAUUAGUCCAGUACAGUUCAAUUCAAUUUGGUUUUGUAAUAAUUUUUUGGGUGCACUAAUAUAGUCACUGGUAUUGUACUGA